AUGUCUGAAUCAGAUCUCUUAGCUGCGGAUCAUAUUGAUGGUCUGGACGGACUAGAAAAUGGUCAAGAUGGAGAUGCUAUUAUGCAGUGCGAUGGUGUGAAGCGUGAAUUAAAUGAGGCCAACAUUGACGACCCGGAAUUGGAGGCCAUUAAAGCACGUGUCAGGGAAAUGGAAGAAGAAGCAGAAAAAUUAAAGCAAUUGCAAUCAGAAGUGGACAAACAAAUGAACAUGGGUAGUCCACCUGGUAUAACAAGUCCAUUAAAUAUGUCUCUGGAAGAUAAAAAAGAAGUCGAUAAUAGAUCCAUUUAUGUUGGUAAUGUUGACUAUGGCGCUACAGCAGAAGAAUUAGAGCAACAUUUUCAUGGUUGUGGUAGCGUCAAUAGAGUAACUAUACUGUGCAAUAAAUUUGACGGGCAUCCUAAGGGAUUUGCUUAUAUUGAAUUCGCAGAACGUGAUGCUAUACAAACAGCUAUGGCACUUGAUGAAUCUAUGUUUAGAGGAAGACAAAUUAAAGUAAUGCCUAAAAGAACAAAUAGACCAGGAUUCUCUGUGACUAACAGGGGACCACGGGGAACGCGAGGCUACCGAGGUAUGGCUAGGGGUAUCGUACGUGGCAGUGCAUACUUUGGAUAUAGACCCACAAGGCGACCGAGGAGUUACAGAAGGGGUUACUACAUGCCGUAUUGACCAUAUUAAAAGAUCGUACUACUGUUUUACAAAUUAAGGUAAGUUCUUACAAUAUGAUUUAAUUGUAAUUAUCUACUUCUUAUGAUUGUUCAAACAUGAAACGUCCAAUACUAGAAUAAUUAAAAACAUUUUAUACUUAAAAAUAUUUAUAUGCGUUAAAGAUAAAUAUUUGUAACAAAUUAUAUGAAGUAUAUUCGUCACACAAAUAGAAUUUACAAAAAUGAUUUUGUUUGAACAAUCAAAUUACAAACAAUGAAACAAUACAUUUGUAGGAAAGGCUGGUGAAGUAUGUCCACAGAAAAAAAAACUGAUACGAUGGGAAAAAAAAAGAGAAAGAAAAAACCUCAUGUCAAAAGAAAAAAAAAGAUUGGACAAAGAUGGGCACAAUUAAUCAUAUUUGAUUUAAAGAAUCAUCAUAAUGAACAUUACAAAUGUAGAUCAGCGAUGAUUUGCUAUUGCAGUUCAAUUGCGCUUUUAUAUACUCUAAGCAGUUGAAAUUCAACUGGUUUUUGUAGCAUCAGCCUUUAUCUGUUUACAAGUACCUCAAUCCGUGCAGAUUACAAAAAUAUACAAAAUACUGAAAUGUUAAUAAAAUAAUAUUAAUAUAUAAAAAUUUUUCUAAAUAUGUGCAUGUAUACAUUUUUAUGUAUAUGUAAAUGCAUAUGAAUAACAUAAAUACUGAACAUUAUUUUAAUUAAAAAAAAGCGUAAUCAUUCAAUUAUUAUAUACUAUGAGGAAAAAUACAUUUGUACUUUCAGUUAUAACCAAAUA